AUGUACCGUCUUCACCUAAGAAAGAUAACUAAGAAAACAUUAGGUGUCCCCAUCAGAAUCUCAUCACAAUUAAGAAACUCAGUUGUCAACAAUAAAGACUCCAACUUUAAAUCAGUGGGUGUUGUUCCCUGCAAACCUACAGCAUUUAAAGGUCCAAACUCUACCAAAUACAUUAAAACUCCAGAAAAGAAAUUAAUGAUGUUAGUAAAGUUCUAUCAAUCAGCUGAAUGUUCAAGAGAUGACUGUGGUGAAGGGGAAAACAGUCACUCUGCUACUGAAAAUGAUGAAUCUACCACAUCAAGGAGAACUCUAGGCUAUACCAGGCCACUGGCCAACAAAUGUUUCUCAAAGACUACAAGUCCUACAAGAACUUCAGAGGUGACAAAACAACCAGAUGUCCGUGAUGAAGGGGCAAGCUGUCAUUCUGCUACUGAUACUGAAACUACCCCAGCAAGGAGAACUUUAGGCUACACUACCAUACCACUGGCCAAUGAAUUUUCCUCAAGUUGUAAAACAACUUUCGAGGUGUCAACACAAUCAGCCUGCUCUGACUCAAAUCCUUCACCUGGUUUACCUGAAAAAUCAAUAGAUUGUGAACCUUCAAUAAGAGAGAACAAAGCUAGAAAAAAAUUGAUCUUCAACUACUCUGCAAAGAAUGAUGAAGGGAACCAUCGUCAACAUCUUAAAAGGAAAGCAGUGCAACAACUGAAACCUGACGUAUCAGAUAAUGAUUCAGAAGAGUCUGACUCACGCAGGGAUUUUGAUGGAUCAGACUUUGACGAUCCAACCUGGGGAGAUGAUAAGCGUUCAACCAAAGAAUCAUCAUCUUCUGACUCGGAAGAUGAGACCGGUUCUUCGCCUGAGUCUUCUCUGCCAAACUCUGCUCGCUCUGUCAACAGCAGCUCAAGUGCUCGCCCUUCAUCAUCAACUCUCCUGCUCGCAAUGGCAACAUCUCACCUGCCUGCUCUGAAAAUAACACACCAACUUCCCCUGCUGCUACGAAAGAACCUACCAAAUCAGCCCAAGUGAA